CCCAAACUCGCAACCGCAACCAAACAGAAGCUCUCCCCUCUCCGCCGCACUCCAAACCCUAACGCACGCAACUUGCGACCGACCGAGCCAUGGCGUCGGCGGCGGCUACGGCGACGCUGCAGCAGAGCAUACGGCGGGGCGAUCUCGAGGAGGACGACGGCGGCGACCUCGACUCCCACCUCCCGCCGCGGGUCGUCAUCGGGCCCGACGAGAACGGCGUCAGGAAGGUGAUCGAGCACCGCUUCGACAACGAGGGCAACAAGGUCAAGGUUAUGCCCAUCAUCUCCCCCGUCCGCAAGCUCACGCGCGUUCCCCAUUCCAGGAGCGCCAUCGAGCGCCGCUCGUGGCCCAAGUCCGGCGACGCCGUGAAGGAGGACGCUGGAUCGCGGCUUAUCGCGGCCCCCACCGAAGGUAUCCUCCUCGAGCGCCCACACGUCUCAGGGAGCAACGCCGAGGAACCACUGGCUGGGUCAAUUAAGGGAGAGGCUGUUCUCAUGGCUUGCAGAACCUGUUACAAGAAGGGUGACCAUUGGACCUCGAAGUGCCCCUACCGAGCACUACAGGCCAAAUCCUUUGUGGGCAAGCCUCCUACUGCCAAUGGACCUUCAGCACCAGGUGGAGCCGUUAAGAGAGCAUAUCCUCCUCCAGUUAUAAAGAAAGCUGCUGAUAGAAUUGGAGAUGAUGUUAAGAGGAUUAUGUAUGAUGACAGAACUGUCUGUGUGACCAAUCUCUCAGAGGACACUAGUGGACCUGGCCUCAUCAAGCUGUUCGGCUUAUUUGGCUAUGUUACCCGUGUCUAUAUUCCUGUGGAUGAGAAGACUGCAUCAGGUAGGGGGGUUGGCUUUGUCAAAUUUGCUCAGAGACGGCAAGCUGAGGCUGCUAUCAGGAGACUCAGUGGAGGAUAUACUUAUGAUAACUGUAAGCUCCAAGUUGGGUGGGCAGCACAAAGAGUGAACUAGUUUUCGACUGCUUACUGGCAUCGCGUAUGGUGUAUAUCAGUAUAAGUCUGUAAUAGUACUUCUGUUAUGUUCAUAACUGUGAUGUGAACAUGUUCAGUGUUAUUUUGUUUGGAAGAGAAUUAUUCUCGCUGCUGUGUUGCAAAUUCUCAUGCACGGAUAUGAGUCUCGCGUUUCAUCCUUUUCUGUAGAGGUUCUCCUUAAUUUAGCUAUCAGUAUUGUGUGCGACUCUGCUAAUUUUGUGCGUUCUGCAUGACAUUUCGCACACGUAUGUUAUAUCUGUUGCUCUGCCUUAAUGCUAUGGAUGGAUCCGUCUGUUAUUCUUGCAAA